CGGCUCCCUGGGCACCGCCUCUUCCGUCUGCGGAGACCGGAAGUGGGGCGGGAGCGCCGGAAGUUGAAGGGAGUUUCCUGCGACCUCGGCUUCCUCAACAUGGCAGCGCCCUUAUCAGUGGAGGUGGAGUUCGGAGGUGGCGCGGAGCUCCUGUUCGACGGUGUGAAAAAACAUCAGGUCACCUUGCCUGGACAGGAGGAGCCCUGGAAAUGUAUGCAGACCCUCCAGGAGCAAAGCGGAAUCCUCCCCCCGGGACUGGCUGGGCAGAGGAAGGUGGAGGGGGCGCUUCAGGGCCCUUGCAGAAGCCAGUCUGUGGCAGCUUCAGACCAGUUUCCAGGACUCGUGGAUGGGGGCCUGUCUCCCAACCCUGCAGCUGUGACAGUUCCUCCUGCUGCCUGCCCUGAGUCCCCCUUGCCUCUUCAAGCCUUCAGGGACAUCCGGAACCUCCUUGUCUGGAUCAAGAAGAAUUUGCUAAAAGAGCGGCCAGAGCUGUUCAUCCAGGGAGACAGUGUGGUGAGCUGGACUACCAGCUUCAGGACCAGGACAGCGUCCUCUUCAUAUCCACUCUGCAUGGUGGCUAAGGACCCCUCUCUCUGCCUGGGCCCCGGAGUGGGGAGAAGAGAACAAUCAGACAUGCCCUUGGACCCUGCUUCCAGAUCUCCCUGUCCCUCUUCGUUGCUUUCUUCCCUGAUCUGUCCCCUGGGUUUCCUCCAUGCAGGGAAAAGAGGCCAGGUGCUAAAAUGAGCCUUUCGCAGGCAGGCACGUGAGCAGGGGCAGGCAGGCAGGCAGGUGCCUGAGCCCAGCACUCCCUCUCCCAGCAGCUGAGGUGGGGGAGGGUGCCCCUCUGGUUUGACAAGAGUAGAGAGGGGCUCUGGGGCCAGGUGACCCAGCUGCCUUCCACUCCUAUGUCUCAGUCUAAACACUGAGUGACCACUGACAAGGCACUCCAGCUCCAGGUCACAGUGUCUUCAUGGGGAAGAUGAAUGGCCUUGAAUAGCUGAUGAGAGGCCCCUCCCUUCUCAAACAUUGAAGGAGUCCCCGCCUCAGUUUCCCCAUCUGGACAGCAGAGGGCUCUGCCUGUCCCCCACCGAUAUCAUUAUGGGACCCCAGCUGGGGUCCCCUAUUCAGAACUAACCCUCCUCCCCCCCACCCAGCAGCUGCUCUUCCAACCACACCCCUCCUUCUGCUCCCCCCCAUCCACAGCCCUUGACCCUGGCUGGCCUUCCCCCCCCUCCUCACAGGCCACCAGAUGGGUUCCUGAGACCCUCCCCCAGCAAAAGGCUGCCUGCAGCUCAUUCUGGGGAGGAGGGAGUAGGCUUAACCUUGGACUAGCAAAUAGAGGCCUGAAAGGGUCAGCGUGCCUCAGUUUCCUCCUCAACAACAACUGAAUAAUUACAGUAUCAGAAAACAGGGCUGAUACUGAUGCCACAAAUGUAGACUUUAUCUCCCUUCCCACCGCCUGCAAGAAGCAGGAUGGGGGCAGGCAGCACCUGGUAGGCAGGGUGGCUCACCCCUCCUCCCUCCAUCCCUCUGGAAGUCUUGGGGCCUCGGUGCCUGCAACAGCUGGCCUUGGGCAAAUAAAAGACUAAGUUGUUUACUAGCCUUGCCUGGAGCUUUAUCCGUAGAAACCAAUGGCACCCCACAACCACUCAGCCAUAGUCUCUGGUCCAACCUCUCUGCCCCCACCCAGGGCUUUCAGAGCUGCCCUUCACCCGAAAAGGGGGCAGGGGUUAAAACCCAGACUACCCAGCCUGUCUUGCAGGGGGCGACCUGACAGGCCAUCUGGAGAAGGGGUGGCAGAGCCAGUCUGUGCUGACCAGUCUGGGCCCCAGGAAACACGCUUCCUCACAUGUCUGUCUGAGGACAGGCUUUGUCCCACCAGCUGCAGCCAGCAGCCCCAGAACCCAGAAUGGGGGGUGGCAUAGAUAAGACUGCUGAGCCCCUCCUUCACAAGACCUGGAGAAAAGCUUUGGUUGCUGGAGGGAGAUCUUAAAUAAAUAAAUAAAUAUUAGAGCAGUAACAUCAUCCUGCCCAAAACAUUAAA